AUGUCCGCUCACUACACACCAGAAAUAAAACACUACUUUGGCAAAAACAAAGAAGAAAGGAAGGCCUUCUACUGCCACCCAAACCUGAGCCUGUUUGAGCACUACACUGCAUUUCAGAGCAUGCCCAGAGAUAGAGCCGACAUAUUAAAACUUCUUGAAAAAUACUUUAAGCAAAAGUUCGCUUACAGGACAGAUGCACUAGAAGAGAAGAUGGGCAUUUUCCAGAUAGUGGAAGCAGAGUGGUACGAGAUCGAUGAGACAGAGUAUCUAAAAAGAGUGCAGCUAAAAACAGCAAAGUUUCCUGUGCUCAACGAGCAAAAGCUAGGCUACUACGACAAGUGGCAAUUCAACUUUAUACAGCAGCUGCUGAACAACCAAGUUUCAGAGGAGAACCAUCUUACUAUCCUAAGACAAGUGACAUCUUUCAAGCUGUUCAGCCUGUGCGAAAAAGAAGAGUCCUUGGCAAAGGCUCUCAGACUGCUGAAAACGCAUGCAAGUUUUAAAAACGGUGUGCACACCGUAACGGGAAUAAAACAGGAUGAGUUUCUUUUUUUUAAAGACUACAUUCACGCUGCAGGAGAGAGUGCUAGCAGCAUGGCAAGUAUUGGGAUCAUUCCCGCUGAGAUAGUGAAACAGCACACGCAGACUCUGAUUGAGAAUGGCCUGGGUGUGUCCACUCGGCGGUGGAUACAUAUGAAGUCUAGCCAUGGUAUGUCCUGGAAAGACAUUGUAGAUUACAUCAAUCUAAAGGAGCACUCAAUAGCAGCAACUCUCAUACAGGAACAAGAGUGCAAAUCCAAACAGCAAAAAAAUGUGCAUCCAAUCUCAUCUUCUGCAGUCGAACAAUCCGAGAAUCCAUCGAGUGAGCUGUACUGCACACACCACAGAGUAAGCACCCACGCAACGAAAGACUGCUUUGCUCUCCAGGGCAGAAAAGCGCACAGUGCAGAAAGCUCUCCAACGCUAAUGAACAGUUUGCUGAGUGAAGGAAAUUUCAAAAAAAACAGUAAACACUGUCUGAGUCUUAAGCUGUGCAGUGAAAGCAUAAAUGCGUUUAGCCUGGACUCCAAAAUACCAGUGGCCAAGGGAAGGAUCAACGGGAUACACUCAAUUUUUGUUCUAAAUGCAGGAUCUGAUGCAAAUAUAAUCACUACGGCAGCACAGAGAAAUUUUAGUCUGCAGGACAUAUACGAAAAAGAAGAGAAGAUUCUGCUUUACACAGUAGAGCGCUCUCUUAGGGUGAGUGCGCGGUAUAUCCAGGCAACUGUGCAACUUGAUAUUUCUCCCCAAAGCUCUUCAGUGGAAAGAUUUCUGCUCUUCCCAAACAAAGACUGUAUGAUUGUGCUGGGCAUGCCGUGGAUUAAAGAGAACUACGCUGCGUAUCUACUCCAUCUGAUCCCAUCGAAUAAAAUAGCUGAAAUAGUUUCAGAGCUGAAAAAGAGGUAUGAAAACGGCAGCAACGAUAAAGAAGCUGCACAGAGCCAGGAAGAUAAGUCUCUUUUUUCACUGUAA